CAGCAAGUCUUAAAUCACACAGAGGUUUCUCGCGUCGUAUCUCUCUGGAAAGUUUGCGUCAAAAUGACUUUAUUAUUUUGUUUCCUGGUUGCUUUCUGCAUGUUGACGUUUGGAUCACCUUUGGAACACAAUGACCGUGAAAAGAGAGGUUUGUUGUUCUUCUGGAUAAUUUAAUGAUCAAUUGACCAUUUUUAGUUUUUAUCUUCAACCGAAUGGAAUUAAUCGCUCAAAUGGAAUUGAUUAGAUUCGAGGAAGAAAAAUGCUCAUAUUACUUGUAAAGUGAAAAAUGAUAGUUUUAAUCAUCAAACUUAAUUGAUACUUAAACAAUAAAUAUCUCACAAAAUGAAGGUUUUUGGAAUUUCAUCAGAAAUGUCUCCGAAGAAAUUGUUCGGCUGACCGAGUUUUUAGUUCUAUGAUUUAAGUUUUGAGUGACUUGAGACCCAACUCGCUCCCCGAUCAUUGCUCGUUUUCUGAAAUUUAAAAUUAACAUAAAAGUAUUCCCUUCCAUGAAGCUCUUGUCGAAGAACUUUUCAUUGCAAUCCUUCUUUCUGUGGUGUUGUUUACCUUUUUAUUAGGCUCAUCUAAAAUUCGCGUCUUUGAGGGAGAUAUGUGGCUUACGGAAGAGCAGAUUCAAGCAGCCGAGAAUGGAAUGGAUCCUAAUAACGCUGCUGGAACACGUGGUUUGUCAAAAUACCGCAAAUGGCCCAGCGGCAUUGUUCCUUAUACAUUGGCUGACAGUGCAGGUGAUUUGUUUUUUUUAAUGUAUUAAUGCACAAUUAACUUCUGUUUCUCAAGUGGACGUCACAGCAGGGCAUCUGGGAUCCUUUCCUUUUGUCAUAAAAUAAGGAGCUACCAUAAUAAAUGUACCAAAUAUUCAUUGUAAUUCAUAAAAAACUGACUUUUUAUUUUCAAACAUACAGAUAAGUGGUACAAGAGAGGAGCAAUUUUCAGCGCGAUGAAAGAGUGGCAGCAGAAGACGUGCAUCAAGUUUGUUCCGAGGACAAAUCAGAGAGAUUACAUAGAGUUCUUUGUUGACAAAGGGUGAGGCCUCUUGCAAACGAACGCUGGUGUCUUGUAUUACUAAAUCACCCAAAGCUCCAAAAUUCUCUCUUUGAUCAGCCUGCCUUGUAAAAUUUUCCUUUUUUUGUUCCCCUUUUUCAUUCAUUUUUGGGCGUUUCAAAUCGGAGUUUGACUAAUGUUCCUUGUACUAUACAACGUGGUAUGCCUCUCGGAUCUAAAUGUGCCUGUACGCCUGUUCUGGAGACGGAAUCUUAAACAUUUUAAAGGACUCAGCCACAUCAUAAUAAUAAAAAAUAAUAAAUUCUAAGGUAUUAAAGUUAUCUUUACAGUUCUUCCUUUUCCAUCAUUCCUGCCGCUUUUCUAGGUGUUAUUCAUAUGUUGGAAGGACUGGAGGAAAGCAACAAAUUUCAUUGGGUUUUGGCUGUGGUUACCAUGGCAUAGCUGUACAUGAGAUUGGACAUGCUCUUGGUCGGUGGUUCAACUAUUCACAUGCAGUUUUGAUAACAUACUCCACCCUUUCUACUUAAUAAUACAUAACACUCAAUGUCAAGAAUUUCUUGAAUAUUUACUGGACUGUUUCUGAUAAACGGGACCUUCAAACCUUACAUAUAUUUUAGAGGGGAACAAUUUUGUUUUACUUAGGUUCUUGAUCGGAAACUUCAUAAGGGAUUACUGAAUCAAGUCUUUUCAUCUAAUUUCUUGGUACAGGGAGGUAAAAAAGCCUGAAUUUUUUCGUGUUAAGCAUCUGAAGUCGUCGAAUUUCUUUUGCACAGUUUGCCAUCUUCGUUUCCCUUUUUCAUAUUUCCUUCAAUAUAUGUAUCAUUGCAAAUUAUCACUUUAAAGGCUUUCCUCUAUCUUAAGGCGUUUCUUCAUAACGUUAAAAUGACUCAAAAGAUCGUCAAGUAGCUUGUUUUACUAGUUACAAAUUGACAGAAUGCACUAAAAAAAGGGAAAAAUUAACUUGAUACCAUACGAUUAUUGAACUACUGAUUUCAUCUGGUCUCUAUAGUUUAAACGGUAUUUCAAGCGUACCUCAUAUAGAAAUUAAAUUAAUUUUCUUGACUUCAUUACAGGAUUUUGGCAUGAGCAAAGUCGACCUGACCGGGAUCAAUAUGUGGAAAUUGUGUGGGACCAUAUUAAAGAUGGUGAGACUCCAAGUACAUAAAGAACCCAUAAGUGCUCUUCACCCGUGUCAGAAGUUGUACGUUUGAAAGCCAAGAUUCGAAUAUCGUUUUUUGAAUAGCGCGUCAACCGUCAACCACGUGACACAGCCGAAACCGAAAAAUUCACCACAAACUCGCGACUAGGCUCUAGACUAUUUCUGAUCAAACUUUUCAAUUGACAGUUUUGAGCAUCCAAAUCAUUACAAAAAGCUUAAGCUGAAUGGUUAUCUUAGACGGAUGAAACAAGACCCAAAAACGUUUCGGUCUUUAAACAAGUAUUGGAUCACAAAACCGACCGUACAAGACAGGCUUAGCCUGCCAAACAACGUCUCAUUUACAAUCAGACACGUAAAUAAAUGUAUAAACCUUACUAGAUCCUCCUUGCAUUACUAUCCAGUAAAGAUCCUGGGUUGAUUAAGUUUAAAGAGCUCUUUCAGACAGAGUUUUCCAGUAGGUCAGCGUCUUUUUCAAGCGCAUUCGAUUGUGGCCAACGUUGCUGUUGUUGUCUCGUAUCAUUUUAUUUUAUUUAAUUUGUUUUUAGACCAGAAGCACAACUUCAGAAAAUAUAGUCACGGAACUAUCGACAGCCUCGGCGUUCCCUAUGACUAUGGGUCCAUAAUGCACUACGGGAAGCGUGACUUUGCAAAGUGGCCAUGGCAAACUACCAUCAAAACCAAGAAUGGCGCAUCCAUCGGUCAGCGAUCUCAUCUUAGUGCGUUGGAUGUCAAGCAAAUGAAUUUGUUCUAUGAUUGCAAUAAGAAAUAA